UUCAGCUGUGGACAGUGUGGGAAGAGCUUUUCCCAGAAGAUAAAUCUUUGUGUCCAUGAACAGAUUCAUGCAGGAAUCAAACCUCACAAAUGCUUGGAGUGUGGAAAAUGUUUCACACAGAUUUCAUCUCUUCGGAGUCAUGAGAAAACACACAGAGGGGAGAAAAAUGAAAAGUGCCUCGAAUGUGGGAAAUGUUUUAUCCUGAAAUCAAACCUGCUGCAACAUCAGAGACUCCACACUGGAAUAAGACCUUAUGAAUGCGCAGAAUGUGAGAAACGAUUUCUUACUUCUUCUGAUCUUCGGAAACACCAGAUAGGGCACAAAGGCGAUAAACCGCAUAAAUGUGGGGAAUGUGGGAAAGGUUUCCUUGAACGAAGGAAACUUGAGAGUCAUGAGAGAACCCAUACGGGAGAGAAGCCAUUCAAAUGUGUGGAGUGUGGGAUGUGCUUUUCCGAUAAAUACAACCUUGCCAGGCAUCAGAGGGUCCACACAGGAGAGAAACCAUACAGAUGCGGAGAAUGUGGAAAAUGUUUUGCUCAAAAGGGAUACCUUUCAGUACAUUAUAAAACCCACACGGGGGAGAAGCCCUUUCAGUGCAAUGAAUGUGGACAAUUUUAUCGUAGCAUAACAACCCUGAAAAAACAUGCAAAACUGCACACGGGGACCAAAAUUUCAAAUGUUUAGAGUGUGGGAGAACAUUUGCUGAUUCAUCUUCCCUUAGAAGUCCAGGGAAGUAUGGAUAACCAAAUAGAUACAGAAGAGAAACCUUAAUCACAUAACCUUAAAUUUAAGCAUAAUUUACAAGAAGAACUUUCCCCUCUGACUGAAAAGUUUUCAGUGUAUGCUGUCAAAAAAAAUCAAAUCUUUUUUGUUAACAUUUUAUUUUUGUUUUCAUUUUUCAAUAUACAGUUUAUUAUUUCAGGAAAUGUAUAAUAAGUUCCAAUUUAAUUACUAUUGUUUUGUAAUUAUUUUGUUUAGUUGUUAUGAGGGGGCUUUAAGCUAAAUGGAAAGGGAUUAUAUAAUCAUGUUGUUAGCUAUUUUUGUCCAUUGGAA